AUGGAAAGUCUUUGCCCUGUUGAGUCCGAUAGGGCUUCUGAAGUCUCCUUCUGUUUAGAGGAUGUCACUCCUGAAUCUGUCCUCAACAGCGAAGAAACCGAGGAUCUUACGAGGAGUUUUAAGGAAGCUGUAAACGCAGAGGAAGUGAAACCCAAGCUCCAAUGUCUCAUGUCAAAUCCAGCCUUCUCUAUGGUCACCGUUCAAUGUGAAGACAGCGGGAUACACUGGGAGACAAGCUCAAGCCGGUGUUCCACACCAUGGGCAUCAGAAGCCAGCACCACCUCAGAGGUCUUCAGCAUGGAAAGUUUAUCUGCUGGAACUCCUCCUGGCAAGGUUAUCUUCAUCAUGGAUGAGGGAAAGCUACGGAGAAAGAGGGUGAGACCUUCAACAUCAGCAAAGUUUGCCCGGCAGUCAGCACAUCAUAAAAAGAGUACUGAAAAUCCCAAAGCAUCUGCUGAUAAUAUGGAGGAAUCUUUAAAGCAAGCCCUGGAAAAAGCCAAACGUCAUCUGUCCACCCACACAGAAGAAGCUGGUAAUACAGAUAGUGCUGGGAAGAAUACUGAAGACUGUACAGAAGGAAACCCUAAUGUACCAGAAAAGGACUUGGGUUCAGAAGCUAAACCACCAGACGAGAAAACAAAACUGUCCACAGCUGAGGCCUCCAACACCUUUCCAGACAAGGUAGCAGAAGACCCAACAGGUGCUGUUCCAGGUGAGCAAAGGCCAAAACUGUCUGUCUUCAGAAGUUCAUUUUCCAAUAUUAUCCCUUAUCAUGUGCCUGACAAGAUGCUCAAGCCAUCAGAAUCAAAUGGUGACUGCGAAGGUGCAGCCAUGAGCCCAAAAAAGAGUGUGCCAGAAAAGAAAACAGUGCCAGAGACAGUGAAACCACCACCACAGAGAAACACCACAAAACCAAAGGGACGUGUGCCCCAAUCAUUAGCAGAAAAUAGAACUGAAAUGAUAUCAAGUAAGCAUGAUAUUGAUAGCUACCCACCAUUUGUCCUUGUCGAAUUGAGAAGCAUUUUAGAUAAGAUAGAUAUACUAUGUAAUCCUGAAAAAGCUGCUGCUCAGAAAGAUACAAAUGACGCUCCUAACACGCAAUCAAACGUGUUUAGCAUCGUUUCAGAUGGGUCAGAAAUUUUAAACAUCUUGGCCCCGGAACUUAUAUCUUCUGUUGACCAGGAGGCAAGCCAAGAGAUGGAAGAUAAGCUAGAGUACUUGGAAGAAAACCCUUUACUUAUCCCCAAACAGCCCUGUCCUGAGGAACUGUCAUCUUCUAGUACUUAUGAGGAACCUGUCCAAAUGACAGUACAAGAAGAAACGUCUGAAAUUAUUCAGUUGGAUAAAACUGUUAAUGAUGUUGAUUACUUUGAAAAAUUUACUUUAGUUGACAGCACGGUACCCAAAGAGCCUGGCUUUCAAUGCAUAGAACAAGAAACAGUCGAAGUUAAAGGAGAACAAUACAAUUCUUCCAAUAAAAGUGAAUCAUCCUUUGAUGAUGACUCUUACCUACUGCAAAGUUUGGAUGAAUCAUUCUAUGGGGUAUCUUUGGACCAUGAUGCCACCAUAUUUCACCAAGAGCCUCCUAUAAUAGAAAAAUCUAUCUCAGAUGAAAUUAUGGGAAAAAAAGAUAAGGAAGUGAAGACAAAUGGACUAACCUUGUUUGGUGAAGAAGGAGUGUUGACUAAGUCAUUUUUUUUCCCGACAUCUUACCCUGUGAACCCGGAGCUCCUAGCAGAACCACCUGCCUUGGCUUUUCUUUAUUCAGAUCUUUAUGAAGAAGCCAGAGGAGGUAAAACAAAUAAAGAACAUGACCAAUCGGAUGCAGAAAGCACCUCUUCAGUAGAGUCUUUCCAUAGCAGAAUUUCAGAUGAUGAUGGUACAGGAAUAUAUUUUGAAAAAUUUAACCUUAAAGAUGAGAUCCCACCAGGAGAUGAAAAAUCAGAUGACGAUGAUUUCUAUAGCGAUGAAGGCAGCGAAGAGGAACAGUAUCUAAGUUACGAAGCUUUGUCGCAAGGGUCACUUGCUGAUAAAGAAAUAUCUGUAGAAGACAAAAAAUCACCAUCACUACCGAAUAGUGUAGAUCAUGUGCAAAAUGUUGCUGUGAAAAAAUCACUUGGUGAUAAACAGAAAAAGGUGAUGGAGAAUCAUUACCAACAAAGAGAGAAGAAAUUAUUGCGGGAAGAUGCGGUUCUUCUGAAUGACCGAUCAGAUUUGGUGAACGAUACAUACAAAGUACCAUCUACAGAUAUUGGUCCAAUAUCAAGGACAACAGAAUGGAAAAGGCUAGGAGAUAAGGAAACUGCAGAGGACUUAGAUUAUUUCAUUGUGUCUCCAGACGACCUCGAUGAAGAUGACGUCUCUUUAAAAGAGAUAACAUUUGAAGAUCAGGAGUCUUUGGAGCAUGAGAGUGACUUGUUUCUGGAUGCUGUACAAAUCUCACCUGAACAUGAAGAAUCUGGUUUCGAGAUGGUGGAACAUGAAACAAAAUCUGAAGAUGUAUUAGAAACCUCUAUAUCCGAGGAAAGAAAGGCCCAGCUUGAUACUUAUUGCAACAUGUGUAAAAUUCCAAUAGUUGCCUUUGAUAAGGUCUUUGGUGACCACAAGGACCAUGAUGUCACUACGUUAGACGCCGCAGUGAAUGAAAUGACGUGCUGGUUAGCAUACAGCUGGCACAUAACAACGGGAACGGGUGUGCACGGAGGGCUAGACGUGGCGGGGGGAGCUCGAGACGAUGGAUCCAAUUUCGCGUCCAGUGACGCUUCUUCCGGUCCUAGUGAGCCCAGCUAUUUCCUCAACUCGAGUUACCGCAUGACUACCAAACUGCAAUUCACUAAAUCUACAUUCUCAGAUGUCAUUAUUGAGCCAAGUUCAUUGCUCUUAUAUCCUAAACUGCGAGCAUUAGUAGACAAGACUCUGAGCCUGUCUUCUUUUGACCUAUGUGCUACACAAUCUUUGCCUGACAGUAGCUUUGGUCUUGUGGACUCCAAAGUGUCCCGACUGAUUAUGAGUAACCUGGAGUAUCAACUGGAGAAACUGCAGGAAAAAUCACUGAAAACUGAAGAUUUUGUUACUAGAGUAGAGGCGUUGUUUAAUGAUGUUGAAAAAAACUUUUCAGAAGCUGAGAAAAUGUUGACAGAGGAGAAUGAAAAAAAUGUCCAAAAAGUGAUUGACCACCACAAAAAGAAGAGGGAAGCAUCUGAGGAAGUGAAGAAGAUGAAGAUGGAUUACUUGUAUGAUCAGAUGGUCAGUUUCCAGCAGAGUGUCGAUUUAGCAAAGGAAGUUCUGGAGAAAGUCGCCAAGGAGCUCGAUGAGCAGGAUCCUGUCAUGUUGUUGAGUGUUCACAAUGAUAUUAAUAGCAGGUUACUUAAAGCAAUGGAGAAUACUGUAUCACUAGACAAGAUGCCCAGCGCAUUCUCUCUCUUUGAUCAUACUGCCGCAAAGUCUUCUAAGGCCGAUCAGAAGACAGUCAGAAACUUGCCAGUUCCUCAGACACCGAAGUUACAGCCACAAGAGCACAACUCUGCAACCAGCACUUCUAUUACUGUGUACUGGACAAUGAGUGAGGAAGACAUCAUUGACUGUUUUCAGGUCUACUGCAUGGAGGAGCCUCAAGGGAAAGCUGAUGAUAAUGGUCUGCUGGAGGAAUACAGAGUCACAGUAAAGGAAAGUCUCUGCAUAUUGGAGGACCUUGAGCCAGAUAAAAGUUACAGUGUCUGGGUUAUGGCCGUAAAUUACACCGGCUGCAGCCUGCCCAGCGACAAGUCAAUAUUCAGGACUGCUCCUUCCACCCCAGUGAUUAAAGCCGAGGAGUGUACAGUCUGCUGGGACAUGGCCGUCAUCAGGUGGAGCACCGCACAUCUACAAUCCACGGAGUCCUUUACACUAGAAUGGUGCAAACAGUGCUCUUCAGAGGGAGAAGGGCUCAGGUCUGUUGCUGGAAUCAAAGAUCAGCAGCUAAGGGUUUCACUACAACCAGGAGAGAACUAUUUCUUUUAUGUAAAAGCCACCAACACCUUUGGAUCAAGUGAACAAAGUGAAGCUGCUCUAAUAUCUACUAAAGGUACCAGAUUUCACUUACUAAGAGAUACGGCGCACCCAGCUGUGGAGUUGUCAUCUGAUGGGACUGUGAUUAGUAUUUCAGAGCAGAGUGACAUUGAUGGAAUUCCUUUAGUUCUUGGGGAGCUUCUGCCAGCUAAAGGAUACCACUACUGGGAGAUGAUGGUUACAGAAUGCAGUUCUUAUAGCGUUGGCGCAACAUUUCAUCCUUCUCCAGAAGAAUCUGCUACAACCGAGGACAGUACAUCAUGGUGUAUGCAAUGCUCCAGUUCCUCCACAAGCUAUUCUUACAGAUUCCUUCACAAGGAAACAUGGAGUGAAGUUUAUUUAACAGAGCCUCCAGUCCGGGUGGGGAUUCUCCUAGACUACAAGAAGGGGAGACUCUCUUUCUACAAUGUUCAGAAGGGGCAGCUGCUGUUCACCUUUAGGCACAAGUUUACAGAGGCCGCUCACCCAACAUUUGCCUUGGAGGGCCCUGGAGAGAUUCACCUCCAUACUGGAAUUGAACUUCCUCAGUUUGCUAAACAGAGCUAGCACCCAACCCCCAGAGGUGUUCCAAAUGCUGAAAAGUCAUAAGUCGUGUUUACUAGCCCCUGCUCAAUAGCAGAAUCACUGUGUGUGGGGGUGUUUGGGAGUAAGACACAUAAUGUUAAUAUUAGACAUGGCACACAUCAGAUUUGUAUGCCAAUGUGGUUUCUCAGGGGGUUGUUUGUAUUUUGGAUUGGUUUUUUCUCAGUUUAUGUAGAACGAGCUGUAUGUUAUCGGUAAUGGUGGUAGGUUCGGGGAGAGUAGGCGGGAUUUCUGGUCUCUGAAUAGGGAAUUGUGAGUAGUUCACUUAGCAAAGCUCUCCUGUUAUCCUAUGGAGAAGAUUAUUAACACUUAGCAAGGUUAAACUGAAAUGUGCAGACAUUCUGACAGAACUGAAACUUGUAACAAACUAGAAUAGGGGAAAAAAGAUAAGUUCUGAAUAUCUGACUUUUAACACUAUGAUGUCCUGGUAGCGCUUUAUUUUAUUCAAACAGAACUCUAAAUCCCUGCAUAGACUUGGAGGAAAGUGAAUAGAAUUUGUCUACCUGCUUCCACCACAAGAGGGCGCUCAGAUGCUUCACUUUAUGAUUGAGAUGAAUGUAUAAACCAUAUGUAACAUUAGCUGCAGACAAAGUCUAUGCAGGGAAUAUGGAUAUCUGUAUCAGAAUUACAAAGCUAUAGGUAGUUCUAAGAAAAUAAAUGUGGAACUAUUUAGACUGAAAAACAAAGUAGUGUUUAAGGGCUUUCAUUCACUAGCUAAACCUAAUGAAAACUGGAAUGUCAUGUUUUAUGAAUGGAUGGUAUUAAAUUAUAGGGGGCUAGAAAUAUAAUCCAGAGCUUUAUCAAUUACGAUAAAAUAUAUAAAUAUUUAAUGUAUGUUAUUUUGCAAUUGAAAACCAAACCUGAUAUUUUUAUAUGUUUACAACAUUUAAAAGAGAAACGUUUAUUUAAUAGAAAUUUCUUAGCGGUAAAUUUACACAUUUGUUUGAGGAAUCUCAAGAGGACAAUAUAUUUUUGAAUACUUUCUUAAGAAUUUUAUUGAACACCAUGCCGAAAACCAAUUGACCCUAUCAAAGUCAAUGGAUCUGGUUGGACUCAUACAGUAGAUCCUCCAGUUCCAUUUUUUUGUUCUUCUGCUCCAGUAAAGAAACAGAUGAAUGGAAAAACAACAGAGCCUCUGAUGCAGGUGUGAACAUACCCUUACACAUCCUGUCUGGAUUAAUGGUAGGUAAAAUAUGAACAUAGAUGUCAAUAGAGAGUUGGAUCCGCAAAAUAUCCCAAUGCCAAAAUAAAAGAAUUAGGACAGGAAGUGUUGUCAUUGGGAACUGUAGUGGAGCAUGAAAGGCAGUCAGUCUAUAACAACAAAAAUAGGUAAUAGAAAAAUAUUUUUAUAUCAAUAU